GUUAAUACUCAAUUUCGUCCUCGAAAGUGUCCCCGAUCUCCAUUUUCGUCCCCGAAAGUCAAAAUUAAUAAAAAAAGUCCUCGAAAGAUACCCGUGUUGAUCACGUUCGUCCUUCCGUCUUCUGGGUUGAUGAGAUGGCAAACGGCCGCUUACGUGGCACGUUAACUGCCAAGCUGGCAUUGAAGGAGGACGACGUCGUUUUGGUUGAUGGAGGCAGUGGCGUUGAAACGUCGCCGUAUUGUGUUUUGAACAGGUUUUGAAACGUUGCGAUGGCUAACCCCUGUCUCAUAUCAACCAUCGCUCUCUCUUUCGCUCCAAAACGUGUCGUCUCCCACAAGGCAUGCCCUAAGGGUGGAACCGAAGCUCUGAACCACCCUGACAAGGAUCGUUAGUGCUGCUAGACGAAUACAAUGGAAAGGUUUUGGCCGUUGAAUGCAGAGUGGGUGUUAUACUGGCGCAGCAUUGCUAGUAAAAGAAAGCAUUGAGACAUUGAGAGAUGGAGGGUCCUCCCAUGACGUUUGUCUUUCACCAUGGUGGGUUGUUUAGGACGGGUGAGGAUGGUGACAUGGUUUAUGAACCUGAUAACACAGAGGUAUUGAUGGGUGUCGAGGGAGACACACUUGAUGUGUUUUUCGUGAGGGGUUACUAUAAGGAGCUGGGAUACAUUGAGGCUGGCAAUUGUUGGUGGAAAGUUCCUGGAGUUCCAAUUCCAUCUGGGUUGAAGAAGUUGGAGAAUGAUGCUGACUUGAUUGCAAUGUGCAAGGAUUGUAGGAGGAACCACCACUUGAUCAACCUAUACUUUGAGGACUGCAUCUCACAGCCCUGUGUAGUGGACAACAGAGGGGAAGGUGUACCUCUUCUGGAAGCAGGAACUAGUAAGGAGAAGAAGUUGAGUUCCCAGGCCAAGAUGCAUCACUCCCAACCUGUGAAAACUCCUACAAUGAACCACCCUCAGCCAAGGAAAGCAACCUAUGAGCCCACUAAGGCAGCCUCACAGCCCAGUAGGCCCAAAGCUCAGCCCAGUAAGCCCAAUCCUCAGCCCAUGAAGCCAUCCUCACAGCCCAGUAAGCCCAAUAAGGCUUUUUCUCAGCCCACCAAAGCAACACAUCAAGCCUCAAAGACCACCUCUCAGCCCAUAAGGACUCCCUUGCAGUCAACAAAACUCCACCCUCAACAAGCCAAAAGCAACAGUCAGGGAAAGAAAGUCCCACAUCAUUCCAAAACCUCCUCUCAACCAGCCAAAACUCCAGAAAGUAAUAAGAAGAAAGGAAAUAGCAGUGCAUGCAGAGUAACAAGAUCCGGAAGAAUUGUAAGAGAAGGUCCCAUCCAGGAUGAAGAUUCUGACUCUCAUGGCUCGUAUGAGAGUACUGAAGAUGAGUUGUACAAGCCUGCAAAGGUUGUAGGAGACAGUUUAUACAGCAGUGAAAGUGAUUCUGAUUGUGGAAAAGGCUCAGAAAGAAAGCAAAAGCAAGCUGAAGCAAAGGAGAAGCAUAGGCCUCCUAAGUCUAGACUAGCAGAUAAAGAAAUUGACACUGAUGACUCAAGUUAUGAGGGUUUCGAAGAUGAAGAAAGCUCUGAAUCUGAUGUAGACGAAGAUGAUGAUGAUCUUGGAAGUUUGUCAGAUCCUGACUCAUGGCAUUCAGAGGAUUCGGGGAAGGAGUUAGAGUCUGAUGAGGAGACACCUCCUGUUUAUCCCCAGUACAAUGCAAAAACCAAAUUUGGAAACCUAAAGUUUGAGGUUAGUAUGACUUUCAAAUCAAAAGCUGAAUUUAUACAGGCCACUAGGGAUUACACUAUCCAGCGGGGCAGAAAUAUAUUAUUUACCAAGAAUGAUAGAGUUAGGGUUAGAGCUGUUUGUAAGUCAGAUGAUUGUCCCUGGGUGGUUUAUUGUGCUUGUAACAGUAAAGAUUUGUCUUGGCAAAUUAAAACGUUAGUUGAUAAUCACACCUGUCCUAGAAAGAGGAAAAAUAGGGCUGCAACCCAAACCUGGACACUUAGCAAGCUAGUACCUAAGCUUAGAAAGCACCCAACUAUGAAGCAUCGAGAGGUGUAUGAUUGGUUUGUCCGAAAGUGUAAUGUGUACCUCAAUAGCACCUGCAUCACCAGGGCACUAAAGGCUGCUAGGAAAAUUGUAGAGGGUGAUGAGAUAGCCCAGUAUGGUUUGGUGUGGGAUUAUGCAAACGAGUUACUUACUAGCAAUCCAGGAUCCAGAGUGCAAGUUGGUGUGAUCCCAAUGCCUGAGAGUUCUCCACUAUUUGAUCGGUUCUAUGUGUGUCUUGAUGCUUGCAAAAGGGGGUUUAAGGCAGGUUGUAGACCGCUAAUUGGACUAGAUGGUGCCUUUCUGAAGACACUACACGGGGGCCAAAUUCUGACAGCUUGUAGACAAGAUGCUAACAAUCACAUCUUUGUGAUUGCAUAUGCAAUUGUGAGUGUGGAAAACAAGGAUAAUUGGCAAUGGUUUUUGGAACUGCUUCACAGUGAUCUAGGUGACUACAGAGAGCACAAAUGGUGCUUCAUCUCAGAUAUGCAGAAGGGUUUAAUCCCUGCUGUUCAGGAAGUUUUCCCCCGAGUUCACCACCGCUUCUGCGUUUGGCAUCUGUGGCGGAAUUUCUCAAAGCAGUGGGGUAGUUGCGAGUUGAAAGACCUUGUGUGGGAAUGUGCAAGGUCAAGGACAACAUCUGAAUUUGAUAGAAACAUGAAGAGAGUUAAAUUGAUCAACGAGAAAGCUUGGCAGUAUCUUGAUAAAUGGCCAAAAGAGGCAUGGACGAAGGCGCAUUUCAGUGAGGUUCUGAAAGUGGAUAACAUAUGCAACAAUGCAUGUGAGUCAUUCAAUGCAAAGAUCAAACACGACAGGAGUAAGCCUAUCCUGACCCUGGCUGAGGAAGUAAGGAGAAUCAUCAUGAAGAGUAUGGUUGACAACAGAAAGAAGUUGCAGAACUAUCAAGAUGACAAGAGACCUGAGGAAUACUGCCAUGAGUGGUUAAAGAUGGAGGCGUAUAAGCGCACCUACUGUUUUAAUGUCAAUCCGGUUAAGGGGCAGGAUCUAUGGGAGAAAACGCCACAUCCAUCCCCAAUCCCACCCCCAGUGAAGCCUAAACCAGGGAGGCCAACAAAGAAGCGAAGGAGGGACAAAGAAGAACAACCUAGUUGGACACAACAAGAGAGGGUGCACAAAGAAAAAAAGAGAGGGUGCGCAAAGAAAAAAGCUGUGGAUGCUGAGGAACAUGCAAGGCAGAUGCAACUACAAUUGGCAGUUGUUACCCCUGCUCCACAAGGUUCUGAACCCCAAGUAAACCCUUCUCCUACUGAUACUGACAUUGGUACACAAGCUGAGGCACCUAUGCCUUCACUUCCAUCACCCACUCAGGCUGACUCAGACAGUGACAGCAGUGACUCGGAGUGCAUUCCACCAACCCAGGAGCCCCUAAAGGAUCAAUUGAUUGGUAGGCCAGCUAAGCUGCAAGUGAUCAAAAGGAAAGCAAGGUCAAUUUCCUCCCCUAAGCACAUUGCAACUGGAUCUGUGGCUGUUUCUGCUGAGACCAUUAAAGGGACAAGCUCCGGAACUGCUAAGCGGCUGGAAAAAUUCAUGACCUUUGUGCCUACUCCAGGCUUCAAGGCUCCAAGGAAGAAUGAUGAUAAAGUUUGAGUUGUUAGGAGUGUCUACUUGUUAACUCAUUUUAACAUUCUGUUUGUUGCUUUUGUUUUUUUGUUUUUUGUUUUGUGUGUGGUAAUUUAGUCUAUGGACAAUGUAUUUGUCAGCUAGCAACCUUAUGACUUUGUUAUGCUAUUUCUGUAUUAACACAAUGUGACAACUAGCUGUCAAUGACAAGUUAUUACUAUUAAGCUUGCUUAUUAUCUUCAUUUUGUUUAUGCCUCAACAUAAUACAUGUAAACACAGAAU